AUGCCUUUAUAUCCUAGUCUCGAAGCCCUAACGAUUGGAAAGGAGGUGGAUGCCCAAAAUAGGCUUGCCACCACCCUGAUGUCUGCCCCAGCAGCAUCCGACUCCACAGGUGGUGUAAACUACGCCUUGUUGGCUAGCGAAUUUUUGGGCCUGGACCUUUCCUUGGUUACUUAUGAUGAGUACGGUAACGCCUGUUAUGGUGGGCAACCUAACGCAGACGCGAUCGCAACCCACGUAGGCGGUACUGUUGCUCUUCCGGAUCCCAACGCCAUCGCAAGUAGAGAUCCUGUCAAUGUAUCACAGGGAGUUCGCGAAGUAACAAUACGAAAGAACAAACAUGGUUUUGUGGGGCUACAAUUACGCAAUCAAGACCGCGGAGUGUUCGUGACUUAUGUCGAAUCUGAUUCUCCAGCCGCCGAGGCUGGUCUUCGCUUUGGCGAUCAAGUUUUGAAGAUUAACAGCCAAUACACUGUCGGUAUGACUGGGAAAGAGGCAAUGAGCUUUAUCAGGCGAUCUUGCGGACCAACAGUUGAUAUUAUCAUACGCGACCGGCCCCUUGAACGCGUCGUUACGCUGGCAAAGGACAGCCUGGGGUGUCUGGGCAUUCUCAUCAAAGAUGGAGAUAUUGAGGCCAUUGUUAAGGAUUCAAGUGCUGCUAGGAAUGGUGUGCUGAUUAAUAGUCACUUGGUUGAAGUGAAUGGCAUUAAUGUGCUCGGUCUUUCCGAUAAGAAAAUUCGCGAACUCAUCAAAGUCUCCCCUCAGAACGUCAGGGUGACGCUUAUUCCCGGCUUUUACUAUCAGCACCUUUCGAAAAAACUUGGGAGGGGGCUAAUGAAGAAUAUGGACCGCUCCGAACCAAUGGCAUAG